UGGCCCAGGGACCCCGCCAGGCAGGACAGGACACCGCGAGAGUGACGUCUGAAAGCCCCUCCCCUCCCCGUCUUGUGACAGAGUUGAGCCCUCCCCUUUGGACACCGUCAUGGCCAGGGAGCAGCUCAACGUCGGAGACCUCCUGCAUCUCCUGGAGACCUCUGACCUCCACCAGCUGGAGGAGAUCAAAGGCCUUAUCAACGAUCACCUCAGUACAGAGCGAGGGUCUGUGCUGUUAAAUGGUUUGGUAGACUACUUCCUAGAAACCAAUUCUGCACAGGCCAUGCACAUCCUCUCCUCUGUGAGGGAGCCACAUGACAAGCACCUUUUUGACAAAAUGAACGAGUGCAUGGCCAAACAGGCCUGCAGACUGCCCACUCUCACCCUGCUGGGACACGUUGUCCGCAAGCAGCCGUCCUGGAUCCACAAGAUAGCUCGCUACCCACUGCUGCUUUCACUUCUCAAAUGCCUCAAGACCGAUACCGACGUUGUCGUUCUCAUAACUGGAGUCCUGGUGCUAAUCACCCUCCUACCCAUGAUCCCUCAGGCUGGAAAACAGCACCUGUAUGAAUUCUUCGACAUCUUUGGUCGCUUGGCCUCCUGGAACCACAAGAACCCUGGACACAUUUCAGAGGUGCAUCUCAUCCACCUCCAUGCCAGCGUCUACUCGCUGUUCCACCGGCUCUAUGGCAUGUACCCGUGUAACUUUGUGUCCUACCUGCGAUCCCAUUACAGCAUGAAAGAAAACAUGGACACUUUUGAGGAAGUUGUCAAGCCAAUGCUGGAGCAUGUUCGAAUACACCCCGAAUUAGUUACUGGAACAAAAGAUCACGAACUAGACCCCACCAGAUGGAAAAGGUUUGAGAUCCAUGACAUCGUCAUCGAGUGUGCCAAAGUUUCACUUGACCCUAGAGAAGCGUCCUGCGAGGAGGGCUACGCCACCAUGCCGGAGCACCUGCAGCAGCGCCCUCUUGAUUGUACCGCCAGCCCUUACACAGAUUUCCACAGCAGCUAUGGAAGUUCAUCCUCGACUCACUUCUCCACUCCCCGUCAGCCACCCCCCCUGCCUCUGACCUUGCCCUCUCUCUCAGGUAGCCAGCCCCUCUACCGCAGCCCACCCAUAGCACGCCGGCAGAACUCCAGCUGUGAAUAUAACUCCACCUAUGGUGGUAAGGACCCUCUAUGGAGCCCCUCCUCUCUGUGUGGUAUGGCCACACCCCCUUCCUCCAGAGGGAUGUCACCUAACCCAGAGUUAUCCCAGAGUGCCUCACACUUGCCUGGCCGUAUUCAGAGCACUCCCGCUGGUGGCAAAAGUACCCCUGCAUCCAGCACACCUGCAGCCCCCUCCCCACCCCCGUCUCUCUCAGACGAAUUUCUCCCGGCUUCUGUUUACCACAGCACGGCCAGUCCUCUGUGCAGGGAUGGCAGAGCUGUGGAAUCCACCAAACCUGUGUUGGUGAAGCAGGAACCAAUCAGAGAACUCGAGAAAGGAGUUGGAGAGGUGACCAAUCACAGAGACGCCAGUGGCGAGAAUGUCUCCAUGACGCUGACAGAGCUCUCGGUGUACAUGAGGGAACAGGAGCAGCUGAGGAUGGAGAAAGAGAGAGAGGAAGCCGCGAUCACGGAGGAGCUGCUCAAGCUGACGGAGGAGAAACGGGACCGGGCGGUGCUGCACGGCUUCGACUCGCCCUUCUACCGUACCACCGAAACCCUCACCGGAGCUCAGGAGAAGCCCCUGUGCGCCUCCGCCCUGGGAGGUCUGGCCCAAGACCCUCACAACGCCAUAUCCACGCCCGAUAAGACCGAAGGCGUGGCCGGCGGGCGCGGCGGGGGCAGCAGGGGUCCGUCGCAGGAGCAGCCGUGGUCCUUCCAGCCCGUCUUCACUCCCAUUGAGCGCCCGACGCUAAGUCACCUCCACAGGAGCCCGUCCGCCCAGGAAGACGAGUCGCUGAAAUACGGGCUUAGUUCUCCUAGCCCCUGCAAGCCGCCCGCCAUGCCCUACGAAGCCCUGUUCGAGCUGGCUCUGCCCAGGGCUGCCUUACUGUUCAUGGGGAGGAAGACGUCGGAGGCGGCGCAGAGGGCGACGACGGAGAGGCUGCAGCUCGGAGAAGACGGCAGGCUAGGGGAGGACGAGGUGGGGGAGACAGAGGUGGCAGUUUCGGCUUCGCCGCUGGAGGUUUUGGAUCGCCUUAUACAACAGGGAAACGACGCCCACGACAAAGUGCUGAAAAGAUUACCUUUGCCAAGCAAGUCAGCUGACUGGACACAUUUCGGAGGCUCUGCGCCACUGGAUGAGUUACACACACUGCGGAGUCAGCUGCUCCUACUUCAUAACCAGCUCCUGUACGAGCGCUAUAAGCGCGAACAGCACGCCGUCCGAAACCGUCGCCUGCUACGUCGCAUUAUAAACGCCACUGCUCUGGAGGAGCAGAAUAACGCCAUGAGGGACCAACUGAACCUGCAGUGUGUGGAUAUCAUGUCUCUGAGGGAGAGUCUACAGGUUGAACAGCAGAGAUACAGACAGCUGUGGGAGGACCGGGAGACCGUGGUAACACGGUUACACAGUCAGGUUCGUCAGCUGCAACAGGGCCGCGAUGACUACUACACCAAGAACCAGGAGUUACAGAGUAAAUUACAGGAAUGCCAGAAGAGGAUGAGAGAGUUGGAGGCAGAGUUACAGAGGGCUAAUAACAAAGUCUUACACACAGGUCAUUUGCUCAAUCAGCUGUCUGCUAAGUUGACGUCAAGUGAGAACAUGCAACAACAGAUGAGUUUCUUAAACAAGCAGCUGUUGCUUUUAGGAGAGGCUCACAAACUGUGUGUUCAAGAGCUGCAGCGUUCAGACACGGACAACGGCAAGGAGGUGCAGAUGCUGCAGGCGUCGUGGGAGAAGGAACACGAGCGUUUGAAACAGAGUCUGUUAGUGCAGGCUCAGAAACUGGAGGCCGCGCAGCAGCGUGUGACGGAGCUAGAAAUGCAGCUCUCGAAGAAGGAACACCUGAUCGCUGAGCAGAAGAAGUUUCUAGAAGACGUCAAGUGCCAGGCUAAGGCUGAGUUACAGGCCUCUGAAGGCAGGUAUCAGGCACAAAGGUGUGUGACUCAAGCCCUACAGACAGAACUGUUACAGCUGUACAGUAGGCUAGAGAUGGAGAUUCCCAUGCCCACUGCAGCAUCACCACCACCAGGGGGCGCCACUGAGCCCUGCCAAUCCAGUGUCAUUUUGCCAGACGGACCAGUAAAACCAGCCACCAAAGAGGGGCUUGACGCAAAAUCGCCCCCGCAAGGCAACGGGAGCACCUGGCAACCCAAGGCCAAGCCCAAACCCGCCGCGACCAGCUCCGUCAACGGCAACCGAGACACCCCCCCUUCCGUGAUCCUAGAGCCGCCCACGUCCCACCCCCACGUGCCGCUAGGGCCGGCCCAGCCGCCCGACGCUCCGCUCACCGUGGGCUCGUAUCCCAGCGCCAAGAGCUUCCUGGGCAUGCGGGCGCGCGAGCUCUUCCGCAACAAGAGCGAGAGCCAGUGCGACGAGGACGACGCCGACGCCGACGCGCCGCCUCGCCGACUCACCGGCCUGUCCCAGGGCCUGAAGACUGAGCUCUGUGUGGAGCCCCCCAUAGCGAACGCCCCCGUCUCCUCCGGCCCCGCCUCCAAGCAGGAGCCCGGCUUGGCCACCCCCACUAAAGAAGCCCAUCCUGACGCCCAGCAGAGGGCCAAUAACCGGGAAGGCGGGCGCGCGGCGCGGCCCAGGCAGCAGCAGCAACAGCAGCAGCAGCUUAAGAUCAUGGACUACAAUGAAACGCAUCAUGAGCACAGCUAGACACUCAGAACAGAGAGCGAGAGAGAGAAAGAGAAAGAGAGAGAGAGAGAGCUGGGGAGAGGAGGAGAUGAAGGGUGGAUCUGGAGGAAGGAGCUGCAAACAGACUAUGAUAAGGCUUGAGAGUGGAAGGCAAGACUCUUUUGAUUUCAGUGUUAUUCGUCCCAUUCCCUCAAGAAGACAACAGGAUUUGGAGAAUUACGUUGGUUUUUUUCUCCUUCUUUCUCCUUUAGCAAAACUGGAAGGAUGGAUUUCAGUGGCACAGUGGUGCACAGUCAUGAGCAGGCCGACAUAGUGAAUAGAUACCAUUCUUUUCAUUCCAUUUUCUCUCUCUCACCCACACACAAUGCUACAUUUGUUUAUCAGAAUGCCUAUUCAGUUAUUUGCAUCUAGCUUCAAACCUAAGCAACUGCCAACAAUUUACUCUAACAGUGUAAUGAAGAGAGCUUGUGAUUAAGUAACUAGUGUAAAUCAGUCACCUAGAGUAUGAAAGCAAUGUGUUACUUCAAGCAAUAUCUGAUUGGGGUGGAUUGAUUGAAUGUUGCUAAGGUAUAGAGCAAGAUCAGUUUCCUUGUGCCAAGUGGGGAUUAGAGUGUAUGCCCAGCUUUCUUGGUUAAGGAUAUGAAAUGACUGCUUUCUCCUGUGUUGGAAAGCAUACAUAUCUUUACGAAUCCCUGUGUGUGUAUGUGCACUCACACACACACACACACACACACACAUAGACAUGAGUGUGUGUGUGCAUGAAAUUGAGUGUUAUCCUGCAGUCAGAAGCCAGAAUAAUGAGAUAGGUUGGAGAAGCCCGGUGGUGCUUUUUUUUUUUUUUUAUAUGACUAGAAUUUUAAAAUUAUUUAUUUUACUGUCCUUUCUUUGUCUGAGACAAACCCAUUUUCACAAAGUCCUUAAAAGGAGAGUUGUAUUGACGGUCAGUAGUAUCGGGGAGAGGAAAAGGACAGAAAGCAGCCUUUUGUGUUCACCAUGCAUAUUGGUAAAGAACAUUUUUGAAGUAAUGAAAUGCUCGGUUCGGUACCGGCCAUCAUAGAAUUCUGCAUCGUUUGUGUGUCAAACCUUAAAUUAUAACCACAUAUCUUUAUUCAUAGUUCAAAAUCUGAUCAAUCUGUAAUCCAGGAAUCAUUCAUAAAUAUGUCAAGCAAUAUGUGAGCUGACUUGGAGCGGCUCUCACAAAACCUCAUGUACAUGUUAGCAGUGUAGUAACUGAACCAAGACGCUGUAACUUGUCCUCCACAGUUUAAUGAUUCAGAACAUCCUGCGUCAUGAUCUUAUUUACCACAAAGAGUGGAAAGUCAACAUAACCAGUACCAUCGGUGUUGUGCCAUUCUUCUUUUGUGUUACGUCAUUUUCAAAUCUUGAAAAUAAGCUGACUCAAUGAAUGCAUUAAUAGUCUGCAGGUGACUGCGAUUAAACAGCAGGGUGCUGUGUUACAUCUUGACCGACACUGCUGGACAAACAAACACAGCUCAUCAUGUUAAACUUCCCAGACUUGGUCUUGCUUUUGAAAAGUGCCAAAUUGUUGAGUCAGAUUGACAAAAUACAUACGUAUUUGAUUUCGUUUAUUUAAUCUGAACUCUGAAAUGUAAGAAACACAUGAGAUUACCUUUGGUAUGAUUCAGGACAUUUGCAUAUCCUUUAAAGUUGUUAGCAGUGUGAAGAUAUCAUUUAUUCACACACAUACUCAUUCAACAUCUUCUAGCCAGUAAGGCCUAUAAUUCAGUUAAGACAUGCACUGUUUUAUGUAGAGCUAGUGAUGGUCUUAUUUAUCGUCAUCCAGAAUGAAGCAAGAUCCCACUGUCAGCUUUAAUCGGCAGGCGUGUAUCCACUUACUGUUGCUUAUAGUUGGUUACGUGGCACAUAUAAUGGAGAUUGGGAUUGUGAAAGUGCACUUUCUUGGCUCUGUUUGAUUAAUGCAAAUCCUGUUGUCCCCUUGAAAUCUCUACUGUCAUCCCCUUCUGCCUUGCUAUUUAAAGCAUGUACAACAAUCCACUUAAAAUGCCAACAAUAGAAUCUACGACAUACCAAGAUAAAAGGUACAAUCAGCAAGGACUGAACGGAAAGAUUUGAAUUGGAGCUCUCCUUAGCUGGAGACGAAAGUUCUGAAAUACAAGGUUGGAAAAAAAAAAGUUCU